UAUAUGAACGGAUACCCAAGCGGAUGUCACAUCUUUCUCGAGAUUACGAAAUAGAAGUCUGUGGGUUAGAUAGAGAAGCCGAUGAAUGGGGGUUUGUCAAAAGAGGAGCUUUCAGCUGCUUCUGCUGCUGGUGACACUCUUGGCAAAGUUAUAAUCUGCAGAGCUGCUGUGGCAUGGGGUCCGGAAGAACCUCUUGUCAUACAACAAGUUCAGGUGGAUCCUCCCAAGGCACUGGAGGUUAGGGUUAGAAUCCUCUUCACUUCAAUCUGCCACACCGAUCUAAGUGCAUGGAAAGGAGAGAACGAGGCCCAGCAAGCAUACCCUCGCAUUCUUGGCCAUGAAGCAGCAGGGGUAGUGGAGAGUGUAGGGGAAGGUGUAGGGGACAUGAAGGCCGGAGACCACGUCAUCCCGAUAUUCAACGGAGAGUGCGGUGAAUGCAGAAUCUGCAAACGAGGCAAAGCUAAUCUCUGUGACAGAUUUCAAGUGAAUCCAAUGAAGAAAGUCAUGGCAAGUGACGGGAACACAAGAUUCUCCACCAAAGACCACAAACCUAUUUACCAUUUUCUGAACACUUCAACCUUUUCUGAGUACACUGUCAUAGAUUCGGCCUGUCUGGUUAAGCUUGAUCCUUUCCUCCCUCUUGAAAAGAUGAGCCUCCUGAGCUGCGGUGUCUCCACCGGAGUGGGUGCUGCGUGGAAUGUGGCUGAUGUACAACAUGGAUCUACCGUGGCUGUGUUUGGAUUGGGCGCUGUUGGACUCGCCGUAGCUGAAGGUGCGAGAGCAAGAGGAGCAUCCAAGAUCAUAGGGAUUGAUAUCAACCCCGAAAAGUUCAAAAUGGGCAAAGAGGCAGGGAUCACAGAAUUCAUCAAUCCAAAGGACGAGGGCAGGCCUGCCCACCAGAGGGUGAGGGAGAUUACGGAGGGAGGUGUGGACUACAGCUUUGAGUGCGCUGGCAGCGGUGAGGCCCUUCGCGAGGCUUUUCUCUCUACACGUGCUGGAUUAGGGCUGACAGUGCUGCUGGGAGUUCAUACAAGCCCAAACCUGCUUCCACUUCAUCCCAUGGAGCUGUUCGAAGGGCGAUCCAUCACAGCUUCUGUCUUCGGUGGGUUCAAAGGGAAAACCCAAUUGCCUGCAUUCAUUACAGACUGCAUGAAUGGGGUUGUAAAUUUGGACAUGUUCAUAUCGCACCAGCUUCCAUUUGAAGAGAUUAACAAAGCGUUUCAAAUGCUCGACCAAGGCAAGACUCUGCGAUGCCUUCUGCAUCUCUAAUCGCCGUUAGUGCUUCAGCUUUCGUAAAUUUGCAUCUUCGCCAAUGUUAUGUAAUCAUCUCAUCUGCCUUUUGUUUUUAUUCGAACGCAAGAUUUCUAAUUAGAACUACUUGUAAGUUAAGAUUACUGGGUUUUCAAAAAUUGAAGUUAUAAAACUUUUUAAAAAAGGAGAGUAAUUUUGAUUUGA